CAGUUCUUCUCGUUGCCACACCUACUACUCUCGCACUCCUAUUAAACGACCAGACCGCUCACUGCUUUCUCACUUUUCAGAUGUGCGGGAGCAGUCUUCAUCUUCAUGAAUGCCGUCAUGUGAAGACCAGCUGUCUGAAUGGGAUCUGCAGGAACCUCCAAACGUGUUCCUUAAUGAGCAAGAAUGAGAAUAAGAUGUGUCUUUCUACGCAGACAACAAUACAAGUGCUUCAUUUUUUCUUUGUCGCUGCUCGUGGUAUGUCUCCUGAAGCUUGUUCAUAUAAAAGUCACUGUAAAAAACAGUUUUUUCAUUGAGCCUUAUGGAGUUACAACAAAUGUUUACAGGGUUCAGCCCCAAAAAUAUGAUAUUAAUUGCUCUGCUGUUUAUCAAAUGGACCCAGUGGAGGUCGGGAAGUCUUUAGAAAUUAGACGGAAACACAUUGUGGAUGUGGACGAUGAUAACAUUGUGUCUUUGACCUCAGACUGUCUGGGAUAUAUCCAGUCAAGGGGCUAUGUAAACCUGCCCCUCUCCAAUGAGGAGCACCAGUUUCCACUGGCAUAUUCUUUGGUAGUGCACAAGCAUGCUUCCAUGGUGGAGAGGAUCUUGCAUGCAGUGUAUAUGCCUCAUAAUAUUUACUGCAUCCAUUAUGAUCGAAAAUCAUCCAGAAGGUUCAUAGCCGCUAUGGAGAACCUUGCCAGCUGUUUCCCCAAUGUCUUCAUUGCCUCCAAGCUGGAAUCUGUACAGUAUGCCAACAUCACCAGGCUCAAUGCUGAUCUUAACUGCUUAUCGGACCUCCUCGGCUCCAAGGUCAAGUGGAAGUACGUCAUCAAUCUGUGUGGCCAGGACUUCCCCCUCAAGUCCAACUAUGAGCUGGUGGCCGAGCUGAAGAAGCUGCAGGGCGCCAACAUGCUGGAGUCGAGCCGGCCCAGCGAGCUCAAGAAGCAGCGCUUUAAGUUCCAGUACAUGCUCAAGGACGUGCCUUUCGAGUACCAGAAACUGCCGGUCAGGACCGCUCGCACCAAAGCCCCGCCCCCUCACAACAUCAAGAUCUUUAUGGGGAGCGCCUAUUUCGUGCUGUCGCGUGAGUUCGUCAGUUAUGUCGAUGGGAACCCGCUGGUGAAGGAUUUCCUUGUGUGGUCGGCGGACACGUACUCUCCCGACGAGCACUUCUGGGCCACCUUAGUGCGAGUGCCCGGGGCCCCGGGGGCCAUCCAGCAGUCCCAGCCUGACGUCACUGACCUAAUGAGCAGGACACGGCUGGUCAAGUGGAAUUACCUGGAAGGGUCCCUGUACCCUCCCUGCACCGGCAAACACCUGCGAAGCGUCUGCAUUUACGGGGCCGCCGAGCUGCGCUGGCUCCUUAAUUAUGGCCAUUGGUUUGCCAACAAGGUGGAUCCUAAGGUGGAUCCUGUCCUUAUUCGAUGUUUGGAGGAAAAACUUCUUGAGAAGCAAAGGAUCUUGGUAAAAUUGGCAUCAAGAUGAACCCCAGUUUUUUAAAGUCCAGAAUUGAAUUCCAGGCCGAGAUUGAAUUCCAAAUUGAGAACACUCUGACCUGCCUUUGACAAAAAUUGAUAUGGGAAAAUGAUGACCCCUUUGCUACUGGUCGGCUGGCUCCGGGCAGAGUCUCCUGGGAUGGAGAUUAUGAAAGGGGAUGAAAAGUGUGUAAAAGCAGGUGAGAAGCCUCAUGGUGUGCGGUCUCUUACGCAUGUGCAUGUUGCGGCUGGCUGGGGUGUGUUUUUAAAUGAAUGCUGGGUUUGUUUUAAUAACAGGGAGGUAGCUGCUCAGGUUUUUCAGCCAUAGUACAGAAUGAUUGAAUUUUGGUUGUGUACGUUGGAAACAUGAAUUGUGUCAAGCUUAUUACUUAUUUUGCCCACAUAUGUUGUAUUUUGAAAUUAUCAUAAAGACACUCCUCUUAAUGAGAAACUGUUUUGGUUGAACAUGGAAAAUGUGCCUUUGAAUACAUAUUUACAGGGAUGGUGUCUUGUUUUUCAUGAUCUUAUUUUACUUUUUUUUGUAUUGGAGUUGUUUUUUUGCAAAUGUGUAAACUGUACUGAAAGUUGUUUUGAGCACAAGUCUGCAGUUCCUCCAAGAGUGACUGUUAUUGAAUAUAAAAUACAGCAUGAAGAGGAUUUCUCACUGGAUGUCAUUUCAUAAUAAAUUAUCUAAAGUUUGAAAUUUAUGUUUGUGGGCAAUUCAAAUUUUAUUCAUAUGUAUAAAUGAAUUUACUUUCAUGAAAAUAUUGUAGGACCGAUUCUGUGAACUAUUUUGCAGCAAAAAAACAAAAAACAACUGGAAUUAAAUAACAACACGUAUCCUUCAUUUUUGGCCUGAGACUGUAACACCCAUAAGAAAUCCUCAAAUAAAUUGUUCACAGAGUUAACCAUAAACCAAGAGCAAUGUCCAACACAGCUGACAAUGGAGUCAAACUUCAGGAUAGUAUUCAGAUGGCACUUACAAGCUGAAUGGUUUAUAAUUUACAUUGUGCUAUGUUUCAAGUAUUCCUGGUAUUGUACUCAGAAAAUUGUUUUGUGGAAUGUAAUUUAUUGUUGACAGUUGCACAACCAUAUUUCUGAGAAAUGUUUAUCAAGUAGGUGUAAAGUUUGUUUGUGUACAGGGACACUCCUUGAUAUUUUACUUGGUUUCACUGAUGGCCUUUAUGUUCAGAUAUGAGCUGUGUUUGUAUAACAAACACAUUAAGGCAUUUAUGAUGGUUGGUUUAACCCUGUGAGACAAAGUAUUAGACAAAUGCAACUUUUCUUUUCGGGCACCAAAGAGAUUUUUUUUGUUGUUAUUGCAAAUUUCACUUUAUAACAAUAUUUCCUGGUUCCUUAGGCCCUGUUCUGUAUUUCAGCUUCAUAUUCGGAGUGAAACGUUUUCAGCUGUUCCACAGAGAGUGUCUAGAGCACACAUGGCAUAGGCUCCUCAAGCAGAUCCCUUUUGUAUCUCAUUACAUCUGCAUUUUCCACCUCUUGUAGAAAGUUAAUUGCCUCCAAUAUGUUUUUAUUGGGAUGCCAAAUGUAUGUUGUACAUGUGGGUAACCAAUUUAUUUUCAACAGAACAAUGUAUGUCUUACUUUGAGGUCAUUUUGACCAUGUUGCAAAAGUACAACAUCGGGACUUUAUUAGCAGACAAUAGGCUCACUGUAACAGUAUGCAAUAAAUUAUGUCUGGCAAUGUUUCA